UAAACUUGAGGUGAAAAUGGUAAAUAAGAGCUGAAGCUCGCUUAUUUUCGCGCUCUGUUCCCUUUCUCGGCGAGGCCCCGUCGUCUCCCUUAAACCCUUGUCAGAUACUCAGGCGACGAGGAUGAGGAACUAGUAGACAUGAACUAUACAACAUAACGCAUAGGCCUUCUUUCAACACGCGGCCUUGGUAUGUCAAGCAUGCAGCCAAACGUUUCAAACAGAUCAGUCAGAAAUGCAGAGUGGUGGUUUUAUAAUGUAGUUGUUUCAUAACUUUACUCAUUUGAAAGGUUGGUGAAAUCUGAUGCACCUGAUGGUCCUUAUCGGUUGAUUGGUUUUUGAUAUAAAUCUGCCCUGUCUGCAUCAGAAAAUGGGGGCAGGAAGAAAAACAAAAACCUUUAUUGCGCCUCAUGAAGAUCUGGCGACCUACUCUGCAUCCAUGAGAAAUUUGGGCAAGAAUCACCUUGGUGGAGUCGUAUUUGGUUGCACCAAAACCACAAUGGAAGAAUGUCUAUCUAAACAACUCUUUGGCUUACCAGGUGCACACUUUUCAUAUGUAAAGAAUAUCACUCCUGGUUUGCUGCUUUUUCUCUUCAACUUUAGCGAUAGGAAACUACAUGGUAUCUUUGAGGCUGCAAGCUGUGGCCAAAUGAAUAUUAACCCGUAUGGAUGGACCACUGAUGGUUCAGAGAAAACACAAUUUCCUGCUCAGGUUCAAAUCCGUGUCCGGCUGCAGUGCCGACCAGUGCUUGAAAGUCAGUUUAAACCAAUACUUGUUGACAACUACUACAGUCAGUGUCAUUUCUGGUUUGAGCUUGACCACGCUCAAACAAGUAGGGUGAUGUCUUUGUUCGCAACUGCUGGAAUCGCUUCAAGUACAUCUGUAGGUUCUUUACCACGGAAUAAAAUUAAGUGGAGUGAUACGUUUCAAGCCCGCACCUCAACUGGUACAUUAGAAUGGUUUAAACCACUUACUUCAGAUGAUUCCACAAAGUUAGUUGAAAGAAAUGAUCCAUUCAACGCCCAAAUAGAAAUGAUGGAGGCUGAACAAUCGGAGGAGCAACUCAUAUUCAUGAAACUGAAAGAGUUAGCACUCCAAUCUAACCUCAAGAGUAGUGAAGGUGAAGACAUAUCUUUGCCAAGAGUUGCUGAAGAUCAUCAUGUCUUGAAUGAAUUGACCUUGGACGACAAUGAGAAUCCAACAGAGCCAUCGGGUUUGGAGGAGAAGAGGGGGGGAAAUCCUCACUCCUCAUCUGAGGAGCAGAAGGUAGAAAGUCCUCAGUUCUCAUCUGAGGAGAAGAGGGGAGAAAGUCCUCAAUCCUUAUCUGAGCAGAGGAGUGGAGAGAGUCCUCAAUCCUUGUCUGAGUUUCAAGCAAUCAUUACAAAGUUGAAUCAAGAGAUGGAGGAGCUCAGGGCUUAUAAAACAGAGUUCACAGAACAAUCUAAAAAGUUUGGUUAUUUGGAGCAUAAGCUGGAGCAGGCAGAGACGGAAAUUCGAUGCUUAAAAUUUGGUCUACAGUUGGAAUCAGGGUCUACACCUUCCAAGGCACAUACUGAUGAGAAGGAUACUGAAUCAUGCAAUGUGCUGCAUUAUGACCCCAAUGACUCGAUGUAUCUAGUUGGUGGAUAUGAUGGUGAAUCAUGUUUGUCGGCAUUUGAUGCUUAUUAUCCUUCUCAAGAUAUGAUAAAACCUCUGAGACCAAUGAGUUCAGUUCGUUCAUAUGCCUCUGUUGCACAAUUGAAUGGUGAUCUUUAUGUAAUUGGUGGUGGCAAUGGUCAUGUGUGGUAUGAUACAGUUGAAUCAUACAGCCCUGGUACUGAUGAGUGGAAGCAGUGCCCUUCUCUGAGAGAGAAAAAGGGUAGCUUAGCUGCAGCCACCACAAACAGCAAAAUUUUUGCAGUGGGUGGUGGGAAUGGAGUUGAUUGCUUUUCAGAUGUUGAGAUGCUUGAUUUAGAUGUUGGACGAUGGAUCCGUACACAGUCAAUGUCACAAAAGCGUAUGGGUCUUGCUGCAGUAGAACUCAAUGGUGUGCUUUAUGCCACUGGUGGAUUUGAUGGGACUAGUUAUUUGAACUCUGUUGAUAGAUUUGACCCCAGAGAACACAAGUGGACCAAAAUUGCCUCUAUGCAUUCGAAAAGGGGUUGCCAUUCAUUGGUUGUUCUGAAUGAAAAAAUAUAUGCUCUGGGAGGCUUUGAUGGAGAUUCAAUUAUCCAGAGUGUGGAAAGUUUUGAUCCACGGCUCGGGUCAUGGAUGCCGGCCGAACCAAUGUAUAACUCCAGGGGAUAUUCAACGGCUGCUGUUGUCAAGGAUACCAUAUAUGUAAUCGGAGGGAUGAAAGCUGACGAAUGCAUAGCAGAGACAGUUGAAUACUACAAGGAGGGGCAAGGUUGGCAGGAAAUGGCGAUGACCGCCUUCGGUAAAAGGUGUUUCAUGUCUGCAGUUGCUUAUUCGACCUGAUCAUGCAAUGUUGGAUGCUCUUAAUUUACGAGGGAAAGUCUUUUGGUACAUCAAAUGCUGUUAUCCAAGGUUGUGAUUCCGUGAGGUUGUGCACUCUGAGUCAUGCUGGAGAUGCUGGAAAUGUUUUUAGGGUUUAAUGGAAAACAUUUUGUGACCGGAUACUUUGGUUUGAAUAUUUUAAUGUUGCAAGAAUCGCCUCCGAAAAUAAAAGGGAGACUUGCAUACACCCUCAGGAUGCCACCAUGGUGUUAUAGACUAUAGUACAAUGUCACAAGAAAAAAAGAUUAAAGCA